AAUGAAACUGAGGGGGCUCUCCAAAGAAACAGAUUUAUAGGGGUCCCAACAAUGUGCCUGACUGUGGGGGGAAGGAGAGCAAAUCAAAAAGACCCUCUCUCACCCUUGAUAUUAUAGGUGGCCGCCCCCUGGAAUUCUCCAUCCCAUCAGGUGGCUCGGGGGAGGGCCGCUGGGCGCGGCGAGCGGAAAGCUAACGCCCCAGGGAGUCAGGCUUAGCGCUAGUCACCCCAGCUGAGGGGGGGGUCUUCGGGCUACGUCAGGACCCGAGCGUGACGGGGGCGAUGGCGGCGAGCGGGCAGCGGGGAUGUGCUGCGGCAUUCGGGCUGCGGCUGCUGCUGGCGUCCGUGCUGCAAGGGAUAUCUGCACUGGGAUCUGAAUUAUCAUCAGAAGCAUGCAGAGACUUGGGUUUCUCCAGCAAUUUGCUCUGUAGCUCUUGUGAUCUUCUUGGACAGUUUAGCUUAACUCAGCUGGAUCCUGAUUGCAGAGGAUGCUGCCAGGAAGAAGCACAGUUUGAAACCCGAAAGCUGUAUGCAGGAGCUAUUCUUGAAGUGUGUGGAUGAAAAUUGGGGCGGUUCCCUCAAGUCCAGGCUUUUGUCAAGAGUGACAAACCCAAACUAUUCAGGGGACUACAAAUCAAGUAUGUUCUUGGUUCAGACCCUGUGCUAAAGCUGUUGGAUGACAGUGGGAACAUUGCUGAAGAACUAAGCAUCCUCAAAUGGAACACGGAUAGCGUAGAAGAAUUCCUCAGUGAAAAAUUAGAACGUGUAUAAAAUACGCUUUCAGUUUUGUCAUAUCAUUUAUUUUCUUCUUACGUGAAUUUUACAGUACCGAUCAUUGUAAUCUUCAGUCACCUUUGAGCAAUUAAUUCCUUACUGUACAGCAUGAAGUACUUUCUACUUUGCAUUGAAAGUUUCUUCAUUGCACAUGAUUUAAAAUAAGUUGGCCAACUAUACAAAGAGUCCGUUUUAAUCUGUUCUCACUCUAGUUGUUACCACUAAUGAGAUGCUUUGUUACUAACCUGUAAUUACACACAUGCUAGGAUUUGUUAUGAUUGGACCAGUUCAACACACAAUUGUUGUGCUCCUUCUUUGUAAGCAAUGACUGGAAGUCACAAAUGGAUAUGAUGUAUUGUGCCUCUAACAUUGCCUGCCAAUGACCUCUUUGUUUUUGUGACACCCCACAAAAUAUUGUAGUUUAUAAUGAAUGCUAGUUCAGAAAACAUUUCAUCAUUGUUCACGGAUUCAGCAUUUGUAGCAUUCUGUGAGACACUCCGAGAAGCGCACGUUAGUGACGAUCACACAGAAAACCCCGAGAGGACUUGUGUAGAUCCGAUGUUUGGUGUAGUCUUUUCAGUGUUUGACUUUGCUACAGUGAAUGAGUCGGUAAAAGAUUCAUUUAUUAAACUGAACUAGAAUUAAAAAGUUUUCCACCUUUUGUCUCAAUGUGAAAUUCUUCAGAGAAUUAUUUUAAUGCUUUUUUUUCUGCUUGAAUGACACAUAUAUAUAUUUGAGCAAGUCUUAAAAUAUACUCAGAUCUUAUUUUUAGCAAAAUUCCUAGAACCACUGUGCUACUUUGAAACAUCUAACAGUUGCCAUUGUUAUUCAUAUUUUACGUGUUUAUGGUACUUUUAAAGCACUAUACAACACAUAUUUUAAAUAUAUUAGAUAAUUUAAAUUUGUAACCUAAAAGAUUAAAUUAAACAAGCCCUGUAAUGGUUGAGAAUUUACUUCCUUUUGUCCCUAAAUCAUUAAAAGAUCUUGGUCUAGAUUGGAGGUGUCAGACUCUGUCCAGUGCAACCAUGAAGGAACCAGAUUAAAAUGUAAUUGGGAAAUGUUUACCAAAAUAAAUAAAAAUACAAUACAACAUAGAUAA